GAAUACGACAUAAUUGUAGACCUCGGGUGUGGGACCGGGUAUUUGGUGGACCUGUUGUCUCGAUCGGUGAAACACAAGCGCAUCGUUGGACUUGAUAUUUGUCCAAAUAUGAUAGCAUUUGCCGAACAAAACCACAAACCCAUGGAUUCCGUCCAGUAUUUGGUCCAAGACUUGAGCCAAUCCUGGGAUUCAUUGAGUUCUGUAUUGAAGGCAUUGGAGUCUAAGGUAUCGCUAAUUGUAUCGGAUUUUGUCAUACAUUGGAUCCCCGAUAAGAGCCGACUAAUGCAUGUCGUGAGCAAACUGUUGGCCAAAAACGGGGAAUUUGUGGCCAAUUAUGUCCGCACACCGGAUGCAUUGGAGUCUAAGGUAUCGCUAAUUGUAUCGGAUUUUGUCAUACAUUGGAUCCCCGAUAAGAGCCGACUAAUGCAUGUCGUGAGCAAACUGUUGGCCAAAAACGGGGAAUUUGUGGCCAAUUAUGUUCGCACACCGGAUGUCAUGUCAUUGUUGACAAGCGAACAGAUACGGCAGUAUAAUAUACAACUGAAAACUAAAAGUGAGAAGAAUCAAUUAGAUGAAAUGCGAAAUGCGUGUUUGGGCAACGAUCUCCAAAUCACCACCAUUGAUGUUCGCGUUGAAAACAGCAAGAUUAAUAAAUAUAUAAUAAAUCUAAUACCUCGUUUAAUUUAUUUGCAUUUAUGUACCAAACCCAAUUCUAGCCGACUGGAAUGGCCCUGCUAAUUUUGGUCCCGCAUUUUACGUGGAGGACAAAACUUCGCCGGCGUUUGCGUUCAUGAAAAACAUAAUGUUUGACAUAGCGUUACGUCCGGACGCGACUACUCUUAACCCUCACGCCUACGACCAGAU